GUGUACAAAACGCAACAACAGCGCGUCGUGUUCGCACGGAGACCGCUUUGAUAACAAAUCUCAGAAUUUUGAAACGGACAAAGUUGUUUUUAAUUGAAUAGGCGAAUUGUAAUUUGUAACUAUCGUUAUUAAAAUAGAAUUCGUGGCCGCGUGCUAACAGUACAGAAGUUCCAUACGCGAAUGCAUAUCGACAGCGAACUCGCGAAAUGCAGCAAAAGUUUAACUGCGACAAGUGAAUCAAAGUGUAAAAACCUAUAACAGAAAAAAUACGUAGUUUGUUUUUAACAAAAAGGUUUACGAAGACAUCGCCAAAAUUGAUUUCCGUCGCAUCAAAAUCUUUACCUCAAAACUGGAUUAUAAUAAAUCCGUUGAUAUUGGAACUCAGCAGGAAAAUAAUUCUGGGGUAACCAACAAAAUGGUCAAACGCACCGACGGCACAGAAUCCCCUAUACUGGCUGAAGACGGUGGCGAUGGGCACGAUAAACCGCGUUUGCGAUACGGUGAAUUAGUUAUACUUGGCUACAAUGGCUACUUGCCGCAGGGUGAUCGUGGUCGGCGACGCUCCAAAUUUGUGCUGCACAAACGAACGGAGCCGAGCGGCGUUAGACGCUCCAAGCAUUACAUCGUACAAUCACCACAGACAUCGAAGGCCAUACUGGAUGCCAACCAGCACUCGAUAUCGUAUACACUAUCACGCAGCCAGGCCGUCAUUGUCGAAUACAAGGAGGACAAGGAAACGGACAUGUUUCAGGUGGGACGUUCAUCAGAAUCGCCAAUUGAUUUUGUGGUAAUGGACACGCUGCCCGGUGAUAAGAAGGAUGCGAAGGUGAUGCAGAGCACGAUUUCACGUUUCGCCUGCCGCAUUUUGGUGAAUCGCUGUGAGCCCGCCAAGGCGAAAAUCUUUGCCGCCGGCUUCGAUUCGAGCAGAAACAUAUUCUUGGGCGAAAAGGCCACAAAGUGGCAGGAUAAUGUGGAAAUAGAUGGCCUGACCACAAAUGGCGUUCUAAUCAUGCAUCCCAAAGGCUCGUUCUGUGGCGGCAAUGCCAAGUGCGGUCUCUGGCGUGAAUGCUCCGUGGGUGGCGAUGUAUUCAGUCUGCGCGAGUCGCGUUCGGCACAACAAAAGGGUCAGCCCAUCUAUGAUGAGUGUAAUAUCUUGCAGGAUGGCACACUCAUUGAUCUCUGCGGCGCAACGCUGCUCUGGCGUUCCGCCGAGGGCUUGCAACAUUCACCGACCAAACACGAUUUGGAAAAGCUUAUUGAUGCCAUCAACGCUGGUCGUCCACAGUGCCCGGUGGGGCUCAAUACACUGGUUAUACCCCGCAAAGUGACUAUCAGUGAUCAGGUUAAUCAGCCUUAUGUGUACUUAAACUGCGGCCAUGUGCAGGGUCAUCAUGAUUGGGGUCAGGAUGAGAACACUGGUGCACGCCGUUGUCCCAUGUGCCUAGAACUGGGUCCAGUUGUUACCUUGUGCAUGGGCCUGGAGCCGGCCUUCUAUGUGGAUGUAGGUGCACCCACUUUUGCAUUCAAUCCAUGUGGUCACAUGGCGACUGAGAAAACUGUCAAAUACUGGGCAAAUGUGGAAAUACCGCAUGGAACCAACGGGUUUCAGGCCGUUUGUCCAUUCUGUGCGACACCGCUGGAUGGCGCGACUGGUUAUAUUAAAUUAAUUUUCCAGGAUAAUUUAGAUUAAAUAUGUAUAUGUAUGUGCACAUCUUUAUAGUAGAUAUGUAUUUGUAGUAAUUGAACAAUGUCGAAGUUUGAAGCAGGCAUUAAAACUAGGCUUUAUUUAUUAUCAUUAUAUAAUUAAUUAUACGUGUAAUACGAAUGAAAUGCAUGAAAAAGUAUAAUUUAAAAACGAAAGUGAAUUAUAUACAUAUGGAUGUAUUUUGUAAAAGUUAAUUGCUUUAAUUACUAUAUUACAAAUGUUUAGUAAUUAUUUAAACGCAAUCAUUUGCAAAUAUCAAUUACAUGCAAUACAUCCCAAAUUGCAUGUCAUACAUACUUUGAUGUUAUUUUGUUUCCUAUACAUUUGUCUGUUGUAUAAAUUAUUUCCAACGAGCAACAAAAGCAACAAAGAUGCAAAUUGCGUAAUAAAUUUGAUGAGCAUUGAUGUGAGCAGCAAUAAUUGAAUGAAUUAUUUGAUUUAAUUGCACUGAUUCAAGCUGCCAGCUGCCUAAACUGUGUAUAUGUAAUUCUGUAUAAACAUAAGAUUCAAACCUCAUUUAAAUAUUACCAACCAUCAAUUAUGUUUUCCCAUUCGCGCAGGAGAAAAACAAAAUCAAUCGACAACAAACCACACAAACACAACACCACACCACAAUUGAUGUAUUUUUGUUUUACCAAAUCUAGAGCUUACAUACUUAUUAAAACAAGAAAUCACAAUUAAGAUUACGAAUACUAUUUUGCGUAACAAUUGAAAGCAAGUUCUAAAAAUAUGUACAGUUUAAAAACUUUGCUGAGAUUUGAAUUACUAAAACCAUUUAACGCAUUUAUGAAAGAUUACAUUGUCUCGUCCCUUCAUAUACAUAUAUCUAUAAAUAUAUGAAAUUUCUGCCUGUACGCAUUUUGCAUUAUUUUAUGUUUAUUACUAUUACAUUAUAUCAUAACAUUAUUUGUAUUAUUAUUUUGUAUGCUAAAAGAAAAAAAGUUCAACAAAAAACACGCUGUGUUCAGAAAAAUGUUGCGACACGAUUAUGUUAACAAUUACAACAUUGCAAACAAAAAAAAGUAAAUAAAUAUAAACUGUAAAAUAAAAAUUUCUAGCGAUACACAC